ACACACACACAUAUGCAUACUUAUCCAGAAUCUCCAAACAGCGAGCAGCUGGCAAGCUUGGAAUCACUUUCUCUGGAAUCACUUUCUCCUUCUCAUAUUGCUCAAAAUACGCAUUCUGUUUUUGUUGAUCAUGGCUUUCAGGUCAUCGAAUCAUUGGAAAUCGAUGGUGAAUCGCCUAAGAGGAAGCUCUUCUUUCGCCACCUCAACUUCACCAAAAAUGAAAGCCUAUGCCCCCGCCGACCAUUUUGGACUUGUUCAUGACAUUAAAACAAGGCCAGUGAGGGGUGAUUUUGUGCCGGUGUACGUGGCAAUAGGGAUGGUAAUAUUGUCGACGACAUUGGGGAUGUUGACUGCCUUGCAUACGUUGAAGUACUGCCCCAGCGUGUUCGUGAAGAAGUCGAGGAGGGAGACGUUGCCGGAGUUGGUGGAGCCUGAUCAUGUGGUGGAGGAAGCUGAUAAACUCAUCAAGAAAUCUUUCUUCCGAAAGGUGGCUCACGUCCAGAAGGAGUUCCGUCCGGUCUCCUCCCCAUCCCGGAUCCCAUCGGAGGCGACGUACUUGCCAGAGAGCCACCAUUGAAGUCUGUUGGGGGUGGAUCCGAAGCUAAAUUAAUGGAGUGGCUGAUUCUGGAUGUGUUAUUGUAAAUUGUUGUGUUUGUAAGAGGUGAUCUACUACUGUAUACUAAAUAAAUUUCUUAGUCCUCAGAUGAUCAGAUCUGCAUACUCUGUCCAUCUUGUGCAUUCUUCAAAUAUUGUUGUGUGUGUGUUGGAUCUA